UUGGCCUGAUAUUUUCUUUAUAAUUUUAAUGACCUUCAAAAGUGCUUAGAUUAAAUUGCCCUCUGUUUUUUUCAUUGUAUAUUUUGGAGCUAACAAUAAAACAAGAUUGCUCUAAACAGGAUAAAUAAUAUUUUCUGACAAAUAUAUUACAGUAUUCGAGAUAAGAUCCUAUCAUAGUGGAGGGAAAAAGGACAAAGCUUACAGUGUCAAGAUUUUGUUGUAGAUCACUGAAUUAUAUUUGGAUUAUAUUCACACAUAGACAAAUAUGAGUACAAUCUUCAAUGGCACUUGCCCAAAAAGGGAUCUGAGAAGUAUUUUUGCCAAACAAAGCAAUUUUAAUGGCGAAGAGAUUCAUCUAUUCUGUACAGAGAAUAAUUUAGAGCAGUCUUUAUGUAUAAUAAAUGAAGAAUUUGAAUCAUUUAAUAUUUCAUUAUUAACCAAACAGAAUGAUCUGCAAGUUUCAGAAUCAUUCAAGAAGUUAUUAAUAAAAAUGAUAAACGCUACUUGGAAGUUGAUACACAAAUAUAGAUCUCUAAUGCGAUUACAUGACAACUUAACCGAAUCGAAUCACAGGACUGUUAACGAUAAUAUUAAUCUUAAGAAUCAUGUAAAGCGGUUGAAAGAAGAUGUGCAAAAGAAGGAGCAAGAAUUGUGCGAAGUACAGGAGAGAGAAAGAAGACUUAAGACUCAAUGUGAGAAUGUAUCACGUGAUUUAAAGCAUGAAAAAGAAGAGAUACGAAAACUAAAGAAACAAACUCAAUCAAAAGAUAUUCAACAUGAGCAUGAAAUAAGAAGAAUUAUGCGGAACAGCGAGAAACUGCAGGAACAGUUACACAAGUCUGUUGGAACCUUUGUGCCAAAAGACAAAGUUUUACAAAUGAUGCAAACAAAUCAUGAGAAGGAAUUGACUUCGUAUAAGCAAACUAUUUGUCGCUUGGAAGAAAACAAUAGACAAAUGCUGGAAGAGAUCAAUAAUCUAAAACAAGCUCUCGAGUUACAUCAAAGUGCCAUUGAUUUACAGAUUGAAGCAAGUGGAUGGAACACGGAUUUGAACAUUUAACGUAACUAACAUUGUAAUUUAUUUGUAACUUAUAUACAGGAAAGCACUCACAAUUGUUUGAAA